AUGUUCCUGAAGACCCACAAAGCCGGCAGCAGCACCAUCACCAACAUCCUGUUCCGUUACGGCGAGAGUCACGGCCUGAACUUCGCCUUCCCCUCGGGCCAGAGCCACUUCCAGUACCCUUGGCCCUUCCAUCGGCGGGCGGUAUCCGACUAUACCCCGGGAUCCUGCUACAACAUCAUCGCCAGCCACAUGCGUUUCCACGGCGACGAGCUCCGGGGCCUGUUGCCCGUCGACCGCGUCUACUUCACCAUCCUGCGCCACCCUGCCUCCCUCUUUGAGUCCAGCUUCCACUACUACGGGCCCAGCGUCCCCCUGACCUGGCGUAUCCCGGGGCCAGACAAAAUGGCCGCCUUCCUCCGCAACCCUUGGGCCUACUACAGGCCUGAGGCCUACAACAGCCACUACCUACGCAACCUACAGGCUUUUGACCUGGGCUACGACAAGGACAUGGACCCCCACGAAUCGCAGCUCCAGCAGAUUUUACAG